GUGUGGGACUGGAUGCACGGGACGUCUUUUAUGAGCUCAACUUCACAUGGUGCGCAAAUCUUGUCCAUCAGCUUCGAUUGUGGAGUCUAUACCAUAAAGUAUAUUAAGUGUUUGGCGAUUGGUUGUACUUUCGAAGGGUUAAGUGACGAGAUGAUUCAAGACCUUCAACAGAAGCUAGCUGCUGAGAUUUACGAUGCCAUUGGAGAGUUUCAAAUCACUCAUUUAUUCCCCAAUUCAUCAAAGUAG